UUUUCUCUAAGUUCUUUAUUUGAGAGCUUAUUAGCGAAGAUCUAGCUUAGCUAAGCCAAAAAGAUCGUCGCUCUUCGUCAUGGCGGGGGCGGGGUUCGGGGCUUAGAAUCGACUGACUUUGAAUUCCGUGACACUGCAGCUUCCACGUACUACUCCGGCUAGGCAAAGUACCGACGGAAAGGUACUUUCCUACUUAUUUUUAUUUCAUUCUAGUAGUCGAGUAGCUUAUCGCACCUGCACUUAUCUUUCGAGGUAUCAAAUUAGACCCAUUGGACUUUGUGGACGCGAGACCAAGUCAAGAUGAGUUCCGAAGCAAGACUCUACACGUUCUCACAAGAGACGAAAGAUCAUUUGCGCAAGUUUCGAUUAACUACGUCGCGAGCCAGCGGCCCUCAAGGUGUUAUUUACUACAUCGAUAAGAAAACAUACGAGAUCAAGCAAGAUGAAGACAAAGUAGUGUAUAAAUCUCUCGACGAGAUUGCCGACGACUUGCCUGACAAUACGCCGCGUUAUAUUUUACUAAGCUACCCUCUAACUCUUCCAUCCGGCCGUCUAUCCGUACCGUACGUCCUAUUGUAUUACCUCCCCAACACGUGUAAUGCCGAGAGCCGCAUGAUGUACGCGGGCGCGAAGGAGUUGAUGCGGAAUACGGCCGAGGUAGGUAAGGUAUUCGAUCUCGAGAAUGCUGAGGAUUUGGAAGAUAUCCCGAAGAAGUUGAGCGCCGAAUAGGCUGCCCCUAGUACGGCGCAUAUUGAAUGGAUAUUGUCUUUGCACC